AAUCAAAUUGGGGCUUUUUUUAUUUAGGUUAGUGAUUGAAAAGUUUGGGAAAACCAGCUACUCGGAAGCUGGAAUGCUUACCGUCGGAGGCAAGAAAUGCAGCUGGAAAUUGUCGUUUUCGUCCACCGGUUGUCUGAAAAACUGGACUGAAACCUCUCGCUUUGCCGUCAAUGACACUCUAGUGUGGGAAUUUGAUGGGGAAGCGGACAAAGUGCUGGAAGUGGACGAAGCGGGCUACAAGAGCUGCAAUAGCUCGAAGCCCAUAAGAUCCAUUAGCGGGCCGAACGCCAAGGCUGUGCUGGGCCAGUCAGGCCCACACUACUUCAUCAGUGCGACGGAGGAGAAUUGCAAGAAGGGGCAAAAAGUGGCGGUGGUGGUUGUGUCGGAGAAGCACUGGCGGAAGCCGGCAGCGGCGCCUGCACUCUCUCCGGCUGCUCCUGCUGCUUCCCCUGCUGCUGAGACUCAGAAUGGUGGUCCGGCGGUGGCGCCCACCACCGGAGCGGCGGCGGGGUUGAAGGGGAAGAGGAGCUUGGUUACUAUGGGACUUGGAGGGGGUUUUCUUUUGGGGAUCUUUCUGGUUUAAUAAAAGUAUUUGGGGUCUAUUUUUAU